GGGACGAAGCGGAAGAGAGAAUCCGCGGCGGUGGUUCGUGUUCGCGGAACCAGUGCGUGCGCGUGGGAGGGUUGCAAAGAAUCAGUUUCUGUCCGGGACAGUGUUUACAUCCGACCCCCCCCCCCCUGCCGCCGCCCCCUCAGUUAAAAACGUCCGUCGAGGCGGAGGAGGGGCCCCGGGAUGGAGUCUCACUGCAGGGACGAGCUGAAGGGACCCGUGCUGCACAUCGUGGUGGUCGGAUUCCACCACAAAAAGGGCUGUCAGGUGGAAUUCUCGUACCCGCCGCUGAUGCCCGCCGAGGGUCACGACAGCCCCCUGCUGCCGGAGGAGUGGAGGUACCUGCCCUUCCUGGCGCUGCCCGACGGAGCGCACAACUUCCAGGAAGACACGGUGUUUUUCCAUCUGCCGCCGCUGAGUGAAGACAGGAAGUGCGUCUACGGGGUUUCCUGUUAUCGCCAAAUCGAAGCCAAGGCCCUGAAGGUGCGACAGGCCGACGUCACCAGGGAGACUGUCCAGAAGAGCGUCUGCGUCCUCAGUCGAGUGCCUCUCUACGGUUUGCUUCAGGCUAAACUGCAGCUCAUCACACACGCCUACUUCGAGGAGAAGGACUUCUCACAGAUCUCCAUUCUAAAGGAGCUGUAUGACCACAUGAACGGCUCCCUGAGGGGCUCGGCCCUGGAGGGGUCUCAGGUGUAUCUCGGCUUAUCACCGAGGGAUCUGAUUCUGCACUUUGGACACAAGAUCCUCAUCCUCUUCAAGCUCAUUCUGCUGGAGAAGAAGGUUCUCUUCUAUGUGUCUCCUGUCAACAGGCUGGUGGGGGCUCUGAUGACGGUCCUGUCGUUGUUUCCAGGUAUGAUCGAGCACGGCCUGGUGGACUCCUCCCACUACCGGCCCAGGAGCAGCGCCUCGGAGGACGCCACCCUGGUGGAGAGCGUCUCGGGAGCCGAGGCGUUCGUCUCCGUGUCCGCCACCGACAUCCCGGCCGCCGCCGCCGCCGCGGAAGGGGACGAGCGCCUCCUGAAGCCGCCGUCCCGCGGCUCCCCGGAGUCCUCGGAGAGCGACUGGGAGACCCUGGACCCCGGCGUGCUGGAGGAGGCUCCCAAAGAGGCGGUCGAGGGGAAGGAGGCGGAGCCGGCGCCGGCGGACGCCUUCGACCCGGAGGCGGGGACGCCCAUCACGGUGCAGCCGCAGCCCGCCGGCGCGCAGGGGGGGGUCGUCCAGGGGCUGGUGUCCGGUCUGGAGGAGGACCAGUACGGCCUGCCGCUGCCCAUCUUCACCAAGGGUUACCUGUGUCUGCCCUACAUGGCCCUGCAGCAGCAUCACCUCCUGUCCGACGUGACGGUGCGCGGCUUCGUUGCCGGGGCGACCAACAUCCUCUUCCGCCAGCAGAGGCACCUCAGCGACGCCGUGGUGGAGGUGGAGGAAGCCGGAGUCCACAUCCAGGACCCGGAGCUCCGGAAGGCCGUGAGCCUGACCACGGCGGACCUGCGCUUCGCCGACUACCUGGUGAAGCACGUGACGGAGAACCGGGACGACGUGUUCCUGGACGGGACGGGCUGGGAGGGGGGGGACGAGUGGAUCAGGGCGCAGUUCACCCUCUACCUCCACUCGUUACUCUCCUCCGCCCUGCAGCAAGACAACGAGAGGCUGCUGGCCGACUACGGCGUUCCCUUCGUGGCGGCCUGGAAGAUCACCCACAACCACCGGGUGUGGUUCAGCAACAAGCACCCCGCCAUGGCCGCCAUCACGCCGGGCCACCCGUUCCAGGGCCAGUACAGUGUUGCUGACGUGAAACUCCGGCUCUCACACUCGGUGCAGAACAGCGAGAGAGGCAAGAAGAUCGGCCACGCCAUGAUGACCACCAGUCGCAGCAUGGUGCAGACGGGGAAAGCCGUGGGUCAGUCGGUGGGCGGAGCGUUGACCAGCGCCAAGUCGGCCAUGUCCUCCUGGUUCUCUACGCUGACCCCGCCUCCGGCGGCGGUGACGGCCGCCGAGCCGGCGGCGGCGAGGUCCAUCCCUGAAUCCCGUUCCCACCGAGACAUGCGCUCCAUGACGGAGAGAGACGAAAUGAAAUGAAAAGUCACAACGGGGAUUCAUCCUCAAACAGGAAGGUGGCGGAUUUUAAUUUAAAAAACAACAACCAAAUAUCCCUUUUUUUUCUUCCUGUGAAAAACUGAAAACAUGUUCAACUCUUUGCUGCGUUUUUCUAGAGUUCGUCCGUACAGAAAAAUAUUUUGCUGGCCUGUAAAUCACAGAUUAAGAAAUUAUCGGUUGUGGCAGGAUUUUGAAAAGAAAAAAGUCGGAGCCACGGCACCUUGAAGAUAUUUUUAACCGUUUGGAUUUUUAAACUCAGCGACGCGUGUGAUCACGCUGCGGAUGUUGUGGUAACGGCGUUAAAAAAAAAGGCCCAAUGAAAGACGUUGGAAAGGAGGAAACUUCUAUUAACUGACUUAAAGGGUCAGUCAAAUAUAACGUUAGCUAAAUACAAACAGAACAUAAAGCUAGCUAGAAAACAAUAACACUCUUUUUUCAGGCUAAGCUUGUUGUUUAAGUUUGUUUGACAUAAUGAGACGCACAUUUAAGCUAAGCUAGUUAGCCAAACAGUCUAAGUUAGGUUUUACUAAGCUGUUGAUAAAGCUUUUCUUCCAGUGUAACGUUAGCUUAAGCUAAGCUAGUUAGCCAAACAGUCUAAGUUAGGUUUUACUAAGCUGUUAAAAAGCUAAGCUUUUCUUCCACUGUAACGUUAUCUUAGGACAAAUACAAAGUUUUAUAUUUCUAUUCACGGUAUAUCUGAAAUAUUUGGCCGAUAGUUUAAUUCGUUCAAUAACCUUUUUAAGUCUUUGCCCGUUUCUAGAUUAUCAAAACUUUAAAAUAUAUUUUAAGGCUGCGAAUUCGGACACUUUAUGGAGUAAAGAAUGGUCGCCAUCUUUCUCUUUGAAUCAUUACAUUUCUAUGUCACAAUUAACAAGAAGUUACAUUUCCUGCUCAAAGUGUUUCUCUUUGAACGCCGUUACUGCAACGACCACAACGUCAUUACGUCAUCAUUACGUCCUCGCGGAGCCGGGUUCACGAUGAAGGAAGCUGCUCGACGGGCCUUUUUAUACUUUACGUUAGAACUAUAUUUAGCCUGAGAAUUUGUUUGAAAGCUGGAUGACUUAUUUAUUGGGGUACGAACCCACAGAUGUCCAUGUUUUCGUCACAACGUCACUGUAAAGAGUCGUAUUCUAUUUCUGUGAAUCGUUAUCUCGUAUCACUGUAAAUGUCGAGCUGUUUGCAGGAUCUUUUCCCUCCAGGCUUCCGUUAUUCAACCAACAGUUGGAUUUAAAAGUGAGUCCAGUGAGUCCAGCAUGCGCCGUUCAGUCCAGUUUUACAGCUGUAAUGAGUGUCCUUCCGUCUUCAAAACUCUUAAUGUUUUGGGUUCCUCAUAAUUUAAUGUCUUUGGCCAUUUCGGGUAAAAAAAAAAAAAGAAA